CUGACCGCUCAUUGGGAGGUGGACAGGUGUUCGGAUAACUCAGGUGAGUCGAGAAGAGGAACGAAGUGGACAUUGUUGGAUGGUUUCAGAUUCGAUUCUUUACUGGAGAACUUCCCUUAAAGAUGAAUCCAAUUCCAUCAAAUCUUAAGUCUGAAGCCAAGAAAGCUGCAAAAAUUCUAAGAGAAUUUACAGAAAUAACUUCAAGAAAUGGACCUGAUGUAAUUAUACCAGCUCACGUGAUAGCAAAAGCACAAGGACUUGCAAUCUUAUCAGUAAUUAAAGCUGGAUUUUUAGUAACAGCUCGUGGAGGUAGUGGAAUUGUAUUGAGCCGCCUGCCUGAUGGAAGAUGGUCUGCUCCCUCAGCAAUAGGCAUUGCUGGUCUUGGUGGUGGUUUUGAAAUUGGAAUUGAGGUCUCUGAUUUGGUAAUAAUCCUGAAUCACAAGCGUGCAGUUGAUGCUUUUGCAAAAGGGGGAAAUCUUACGCUGGGUGGAAAUUUUACUGUUGCAGUUGGACCCAUUGGCAGAAAUUUAGAGGGAGAUGUUGCUGUUAGGAGUUCAGCUGCAGUGUACACUUACUGCAAAUCACGAGGGUUGUUUGCUGGUGUGUCAUUAGAGGGAUCUUGCUUGAUUGAAAGAAAAGAGACCAAUCGCAAAUUUUACUGCCAGGACAUCAGAGCAAGUUCAAUUUUACUUGGAGAUGUCGAGCCUCCAGAUGUAACCCAAGAGCUAUAUGAAGUACUGAACAAUUUCACUGAACAGUACCUAAAGGAAGAACCACAUGGAAUCAAGCAAAAAGUAGCAAAAGUACAAACAAGGGUCAAAGAACCAGAAAGAUACUCACCUAGAUCAUUGCGUACCCAAACAUCAGUGAAUGGAAGGGUAGGAGUGGAGCCAAAUUCCAACGGCAAUCUUUAUCCACGUCUACCAAGCUACCGAUCAGAAAAUCCAUGGGAAAAACCUUUAACAGUGACAGCAAUAUAUUCCUUUGAGGGACAAGCAGCAGGUGAUCUAAGCUUCAAUUCAGGUGAUGUAAUUACAGUGAUAUCCAAAACUAAUUCUCAUUUUGACUGGUGGGAAGGACAACUCCAAGGAAAGGUUGGCAUUUUUCCAGCUAAUUAUACAUCUGUAUCUCAAGAAGAUUGGUAGAUACUUUACAAAUUGAAAAAUGUCACUUAUUGUUUUCCUGAAUGAUUUAUAAUAACCAUAUUUUGGAACAAGUGUACUUAUGAAAUAUAUUAUAGCAGAUAUAAGAUAAUUAUGCAAAGUUGUAAAUUUUUGAUCUGUUUGUAAACCAAAACUGAGAGCAAGAAGAUGUUAAAAUAUAAUCAAUAUACAGUGCUUUGUAGUUAUUCAGCCCCCAAGGCUUUUAUUACAACUAGAGAUUUUGAUCAAUUUUGGAGCCCAAAAAAAAAGGGAAAAUUAUAAAGAAUGAAAAACUAAAAAUUCAAAAACUGAAAUGUCCGCAGUUCAAAAGUAUUCAGCCCCCCUCCCCAUCCUUUGCUCAGUUGAACCACCUCUCACAGCUAUUUCAGCCAGCUGUCUUUUUGGACAAGUCUCUAUUAACUUUACACAACAUAAUGGAACAAGAUUUACCCAUUACUCCUUGCAAAAUUGUUCAAGCUGUGCCAGGUUAGUUGGGGAGCGGUGUUGGACAGCAAUCUUGAGAUCUUGCCUGAGAUGCUCAGGAGGUCAGGACUCUGACUGGACCACUCAAGAAUAUCAAUUUUCUUCACUUGAAACCACACAUUGUUGCUCUGGCAGUGUGCUUUCCUGCUGAAAGAUGAAUUUCCUCCCCAGUUUAAGCUUUCUGGCAGAGGCUAGCAGAUUUUUAUCCAGGAUCUCUCUGUAUUUAGCAACGUUCAUCAUCCCAACAAGUCUGACUAGAUUUCCAGUCCCUGCUGCUGAAAAGCAUCCCCAUAGCAUGAUGCUACCUCCACCAUACUUUGCAAUAGAGAUUUAUGCCACAAAUACCACUUAGUGUUGAGGUCAGAAAGUUCUUCUUUCAUCUCAUCCAUCUACAAGUCCUUCUUCCACAUCUUUAUAGUGUCUUCUAAGUGAUGCUUUGCAAAGUCUUUAUGGGCAAGAAUAUAUAUAUAAUUUUCAACCAGGGCUUCUUCCUUGCCACUCUUCCAUAAAUUUCCUUUUUGUGCAAGACCUUAGAGAUUGUGGAGACAUGAACUUUAUCUCCAGUUCCACCCACUGACUUACGCAGCUCACUGAGUGUGACUGUUGGCAUCACGGCAGCUUCUCUUACAGGUGUCAUUCUUCUCCGGUGACUGCACUUAGAGGGGCAACCUGACCUAGGCAGUGUGGCUGUGGUUUCACGAUGGACUGCACUGAGCUCCAACGUAUGUUCAAUGCCUUUGAGACCGUCUUUCACCCUUCUCCCAAAUUGUGCCUCUAGAUUAUCAUUUCCCUGACUUGUGUUGAAUGCUGCUUUGUCUUCAGUUUGAUUUCUUCUGUUGAAAGUUUAUCAUAAUGUUGGACUUUACAGAGAGAAGAGGUAUGUACUCUUAUGAAUUAAUUGAAAAUAUGUGAUCCUCUAAUUUUUUACAUCAACAAAUUGGGUGAGUUGGUAAGGUAAUAUAUAGCACCUGAGAAAACUUAGCCUAGUAAUUACAAAGGGGGAUGAAUACUUUUACAAGCUCACAAUAUAGGAUUUAAAUUUUUAAUAAAUUAUUGACAGUUUUUGGUAUUUUUCUUUUGAUUUGACAUAAUACUCAAUGUUUUGUAGAUUAGUUCAAAAAAUCCUACUUAAAUAUUUUUUAAUUUAGAAAAUGAGAGUGAAAUGUAAAAAUAGUUGUGGAGGCUGAAUACUUUUUCAAGGCACUGUAAAUACUAAGAAUACAUUUACCAUUGAUAUCAUCAUUAAUUUGUUAAGAAUUUUGAAUGAUUUUAUAACUUGACUUUUCUAAUAAUUCUACUGUAUAUGGUGCCAAAUAGCAUUUGACAAGGGAAAGGUACAUGCCACUUUAAGUGUAAAAUUAUAUUAUAUUUCAAAAGUAGAACUUAUAAGAAGUAUGUUCUAAAUUUGAAUUCUGUAUCUUUUCAAGAAAUCUAUUGUGUUGAUUGACAAUCAUCAUUCAAUUAACAAUUAAAUAAAGUAGUUUCAAUUAAUGGUGUAGGUGUAGAAAUAAUCAUAACCAUAACAAUUUUGAAGCAUGUGAAUCUGUUUAUUCUUUGAUUUUGCAAUUAUGACUUUAAACUGCACAUUAUAAAUAUGUUGGGUGAUGUAAAGUAUCUGUAAAGCAGAAUUUGGAUAUUAAAUAUAUGGACAAAUAGAACUUUAUCAUGUAAUAAAAUGCAACCUUAAAGAUUCUUAAUGUUGGCA